UGACACAACAUCUGUCUUUCUUCUCCAGGUUCGUAUACAGUGCAGGCAGAAGCAAUGUUGGCAGUUCGGUAAGAUGGCAAAGACGCGCUCCGAGGGAUACUGUUUGCAGACUGAUACGCUCCUCCGAGGCGACGCUGCACGUGGGGCCGUUUCCCGACACUAGCACGGGGCUUCUUUGGUGGGAUCUCUGGGUUGACCUUGUGCGUCGAGGUUGAGGCUGUUGAUGCUGUUGAGGCUGCUGGCGCACACUGGGAACGCUCUGGUGUGUGUUCAUCAUCGGAGGAGCGGAGGGAAAAUUCGUGGAUGCCACAGAUUGCAUCCAAGACGUUGGGAUGUCCGUUAGAUGCAGCGUGUGCUCUUUGUGAACUCUGCCAGCCGAACCGUGCUCCGCUGCGCUGACACAGUAACGGAAAAGGAGAUAUAUGUAAUACCUAGCCAGUUUCCUUGUGUCUACUGCAAUACACUGAGGGAUAUCCGGAGUGUGGGAUCCAGCGCUCUUAUAUUCCAUCGCAUGCAGGGAUUCUAAGUCGGAUUUCGGGAUGUACAACCCAUCUACCUUUGUCCACAUGUCCCUUAGAAGCUGUAGGCCCAUCUGAAGUGUCCUCACAUCCCUGAACGAGGCGGCGUGCAGGUAGCCCGUGGCAGGCGAGCCGCUCAUCACCAAACACUCAAACAGGUUGGCUGUUGCUGUCCCCGAAAACGUGAUCUCUCUGCGAGAGUUCAUAUUCUAUUUACCUGUCGAGAGAGAAAGGACGGGGAAGAUUGCUCUGGUUUCGCUGUAUUUCAACAACCGACCCCACAGCUCUGCCAAUGGCUGCCGCUGCGCGCCCCGGCAGGAUCAAACGACACUGCGACUUGCUUUUCGAUCUGGUCGAAAAAUACAGUCCGUUUCACGUGAGGACGUUUCGCUAUAAUGAUCUACAAGGGAUACUGUCUGUCGUCUCGGAGACCGGCCGAAGUAGAUUCGUGCCAGUUCCCAGUUGCGACACGGUGGCCGAACUGGAAAGAUAUAUACGAGAGGAAGAUCGGAGCGAUGUGCAGCUGUUAGCCGUACAGGAGAUAGCCGUACAGGAAGAGGCUAAAAUCAGCAAGCAAACAAAAUACCUCCUGGUGUACAUAAUAAAUGCGACAUCCAGUAAGUACAACUCUGUGGUGGUGUUUCUCAUGACUAACCCUAAGAUUACCGCCCCGUACUCUAAGAAUGUCAGCGACCUACUGGACAAUACAAACCGGCUGAUUAAAACAAACACCACACGCACUUCGUUCCUACCCACGUUCGCCGCGCAACCACCCGAACGCAUACAUCCGAGGCCCCAGGGCGAUCACCCGAUACUCCAUGUGCAUCGUCCACAAACCUACAGUUCACCCGCAAUAGAAAGAAAGUUCUCCCGCUCCAUAGACAGUUUCCAUAGAGAGUACGUCGACGUAGCUGACUGUGAAGCUACGGUAAACCCUUGGUCCGUGUACAACGGACUACCCAGUAACCUGCAGUGUUCCAUUGACGUUCAGCAGUCAAUGCAAGAUCCCAGUAUGCUGUUGGGCCGAGGCGGGUUCGGCAUCAUCGUGGAAACCUCCACCGUGCAAGUUGCAAAAGUUAACAUGUUCCCAGAAAUGGCAGACUGGAGCCUGCCGUUCAUAGAGGAUCAGUUUAGCCGAUACGCGCACAUCGCCACUCAAGUGGAAGAAAUCGCCAUAGGCGUUUCGAUGAAGCACCCAAACAUACUACGUACCUUCGGAGGAUACUGGUGCGACAUACCGCAGUAUCCGUUAGGCGGCAGGGCCGUGAUCGUGAUGGAGAGAGCCCUGUUCUCCUUACAAGAAUUCAUGGCUAAGAUGAACAAACUGCAGACGCCUAAAUCGAGCACCUCCACCGACAGCGCCACGUACCUGGCGAUGAUACCCAUUGUGGAAUUGGAUACAUUGAGAGGACUGGAGUACCUACACGCGAGACACGUUCAACACCGAGACCUGACGUACAGAAAUAUCCUCGUGUGCCAUCAACCCGGUAGAAAACCGGUGGAGCUGUCGUUUAAGAUCAGCGAUUUCGGCACAGCCUGCAACUACUCGACUCCAGACCAGCAACGGGGCAAUCGCGUGCACACGCCCCCCGAGGUGCUCUGGUGCCUAAAUUCCACCACGGCCAGCGACGUGUUCAGCUGGUAUUGUGUCAUGUGGGAACUGUACACAGGAUCCCCGUUGAUAGAAUACAGGCCUGCUCAGACGCCGUCCGAAUUCUGUAAGAAGACCUACGGGGAUAGCCUCUCUAGACUCGUCGGCGUGUACACGCCUUCGGACCCCACGACUGCAUUUCAAAGCAACUACAUGAAAGCGUACGACGCCGAGACGCUGUACGGCAAGUACGGACACUCUAGGCCCACCACCGCAGCCAUUGGGCGUACGCUGGGUGAAAUGGGCCGCAACGUGCGAGACAAAGCUUUUGUUAACAUGGGCGUGCUUUGCAUCACCUUGUUUCCCCAAGAACGUAGCACGCCCGGCGAGUUGUUGAAAUUGAACCGUUACACGUAUUUGAACGACGACGUAUCACACACCACCUCGCCGGUUCAUGUAAUCCCCAGUAAUAUGCGGGUGGGCCAGUACAGAGCGACGGAUGCCAUCGUAGCAAACGACUGUGUUCCCGACCACUUCCGCGUACUAGUACAACAAAAGAAGCUUGGGGUGCAUACACACGCGAGCAAAAGGUACUACGGCAUAGACUUGUUACGCUUAUCGCCGGAUUUGCAACCCGCCGCGUGGUAUAGAGAAAAAGAAACAGCGCUGUCCGAUCGCGUCAGAAAGGCAUGCUCCGAAAAGCGUAGAGCUGGCGAAUCGCUGGAAUGUACUCUGGAGACGCUCUGCGCUGCAGAUGCCGACCGCGUAGGGGCGUUUGUUCCGUGUGCAAAACGAACACAGGCCGCCGCGCAGCCGGGCGCGGUGCCCGGCAUGCACAAUGUCACGGCGGACGCUGCCCUUAGAGGCCACCGGCCGAGCGAUAAAACGGAGGGGCGACCGCUUACGGGUGUUGUUACCGCGGAGGACGCGCUUACCCGCGCACCCUCGGUCCCACAGGUGCCAGCUGCGUACAAUGUAGCCGCUGCGGGAAACCAUCAGUCGAGAACGCAGCAAGGUCAGACGACUAGCCCGUCUCUCGGUCAACCCAGUCGCGUCAAAUGCCUUGUUCGUACUAAGCAGACCAAAGGCGAGUCCAACGUCACCAUGGUCAUUGUCACGAACCCCACGGAGGACGACGUUGCGUGUUUCGAACGCGACGUCGUGGAAAGAGCAUGUCGACUGACAAAAGAACAUCCCUCAUUGUUUGCUGGACCUAGGGAAUCCGUGUACAAGCAAGCUAAGGCUCAUGGGCUGUACGUGUUUCAAUACGGUCAGUUCUUCAGAUCCACCAAGAUGAUCAACUGGGUGUUGCAACAGGGAGAGUCCUUUUAUCCGUGUUUGAUGCAGGUUCUCUUGACAUUGAAAGCUGCCGCCGAGAACAACGUGCUACCUACGAACAUGGCAGCUGAGCAUCUACUACUCGGCCAAGGGGCUGUGAUGAUCGACAUAGUGGGUUAUCUGAGCGCUCACUUUCCCCAGCCGGACCAUCAACAGUUGCUAGGUGCCCACAGCCCGAGAAUUACAUCUGUGUGUUUGGAACUGCUUAGUAAGCACGAGCCGGGAUCUUCCGCUGUGCCAUUUCUAGAGAAAUGGCAGUCUUCCUUUUCAAAUAGCCAAGACAUAGAGCGUUUGGUCACAGAGUUGAGCCGGCGGAAUGUUGCCAGCGCUAUCACAAGAGUUCAGCCCGUUGUGUCAUCGCUAGCGCACACACACUUUACGUUCAGAGAAUAUUUGUCCGACGUACCAAAUUGGGUAGGCUCGAGGGUCGGCGAGGCCAACUUGAAUAAAUGUACAGCUAAGGUUCUGGUGUGCGGAAACCCGACCCGUCUUCCGUUCGCGCAGUUUUCCAAGACCGCGUGCCGCCCGGACUCGGCCCCCGGCGCGGCCGAUGUGACACUCGACCACAGCGGACUCGUCAAAGACCUUGUGAGAAACAUUGUCUUGCGAGUAAAGGCUAAGGCGCUACGGGAUACCGCGUUCGCAGUUACCACUCUGGACUGCACUCAGGGUCUUACUAAGAUCACACUAAGAGCUAGUGCACUUUCAGGAAUCCCAAGCGUGGACGAGCUAAAGCAACAUAUGUUUGAGUCCCUCGAUCUACUACGCCUGUACACUCACGACGUGGCAGCGCUGUUGGAUUGGGCUCCUGUUAUAAAAAUCACAAAACAUGUCACGUUGACUCCCCUGUCAAACUUCAGCUCGUAUCACUACAAGAUAAUUAUACUACUAGUGUGUAUCGAUACAAAGGGGACCAACAAAGGAGCAAUCAAGACACUGGACGAACUGUUUAGGGGUGUGCCACUUUACUGCACAACGGACUAUUGAGCAUUGUCUGCCGCGCGCACGCAGGAUAAUCAACAUGAGAGGGCUGAUCAACGUUGGGACUCACUGCGCCGUAAACAGCGUAUUGCAGUGUCUGUAUGUCACAGACGACUUUAGGAUCACGCUGACCGGAGGCCUCUGUGGCUUUGAUGAUGAUGACGACGAUGACGCCGUCUGCGAUAGA